AUGGGAAGUAUUCAGAAACAAGUUUUACGAGGAAUACUUCCCAGAGAUAACGUUCGUUUUGCAAAGGAGGUGGAGUUUCUUCAGUUAGUGCAAGGGGGGAUGUCAGUGUCGGAAUACACCAACAAAUUCAAACAUUUAGUGAGAUUUAACACUAUGGCGACCAGUGAAGAAUGGCAGUGUAGAAAGUUUGAAAAUGGGCUGAGGAGUGAGUUGAAGCUGCUGAUAUCCAGCCUAUGUAUUAGGUCUUUUCCUGCUAUUGUUGAGAGAGCAAAAGUAUUAGAGAAGAACGUUCAAGAGGUGGAACAGCAGAAGAAGCAACAACAACAAUCAGUAAGAGGACCCAUAUCUUCUAGGAACAAUGCGAAUCUGAGAAGAACACCUUACGCUCGUCCAACGUUGCCUCCUAAUACUGGUGGGUCCCAAGUUCAAGCAGUGGUUGCUGCCGGUCGAUCUGGACAGCAAGGGACCGUGACUUGUUUUCAGUGUGGAGGACCGCACUACCGUUCGUCGUGUCCUCAGUUGGUAGGCGGAAAAUAUUGCACUCGUUGUGGAAGAACUGGUCAUCUGGAGAGCGAGUGUAACAUGGGAGGAUGA